AUGGACACCAGCCGGUCCACGGGUGACGGGGACCCCCCAGAUCCCGUGUACCUGCCGGCGGAUCUGGAGCUGCUUGGCGUGCCCGAGUACUACCGGCUGCAGCGGGCAGACCAGGACCUGCCCGCCAACACCUCCCUGCAUGCCCGCACCGAGACCUACCUGCUGCUGCGGCACAGCUCCGCCACGCAGCCCCUCGUCCAGGCCACCUACCCACCCUUCAGCACCCGGCAGGAGGUGCCCACGGAGAGUCCCCCGGGAAGGGACGGCUCGGCAGCUUGGGCCAUCCGUGCCGUGUCCCUUGAGAGCGCCGUGUCCCCGGCCGAGCCCUUCGCCCGCGUCCUCUUCCAUCUGCAAGGUCCCGACUGGCUGCCCGGGCAGCGGGACCACCCCGGGGAGUGGGAUCACCCUGGGGAGUGGGACCACCCCGGGGAGCGGGACCACCCCAGGGAGCGGGACCACCCCAGGGAGCGGGACCUGCCCUGCGUUGCCCUCCACGCACACCACCGUGGCCGGGUGGCCCGUGGGACGUGCCGCCUGCAGGCACCCCUGGGCGUCUGCGUGGUGGAGCUGGAGAUCCCCCCGCGCUGGUUCUCUCCGGCAUCCCCUGCCCCACGCAGCCGCCGCCGGGCAGCCGAAUCCCCCGGGCGCCCCGAGACCCCCGAGUCCGCCGAGCUGCACUACGGCGUGGUGGGACCGGGGGAGUGCGGCCGUGCUGGGGGCCGGGAACGGAGCCGUGGCGGGGAAGCACCGUGGUACCUGGGCUCACUGGAGCUACGGGCGGCCGAGCCGGCGCGACGGCAGGAGGUCCGGCUGGAUGACAAGGUGCUGUUGCGGGUGCCCGACGCCACGCUUCGCCCGGGUCAGCGCUUCACCGCCACCCUCGCCCUGCGGCACAACUUCACCGCCGACCAACUGACGCUUCGGAUCAAGGCGAAGAAGGGGCUGCAGGUGGUGGCUGCCCGCCCCGGGGCCCCCACCGCCUGGACUGCCCAGCUGGAGCGCACCCGGGGCCCCAAGCACUCGACGGCCGUGGUGACGUGCCGGCGGAGCGGGGACUCUCGCGGCGGCUGGAGGGCAGCCGACUCCGCCGCAUUCCUGCACCUGGACCUGGCGGUGGAGAAUGGGACAGGGGGGCUGGCGCCGGCGCGGCCCCUCACCUGGCAGGUGGAGUACCCCGGCCAGGACCCCGAGGCCCAGAAGGACAAACUGGUGUGGGAGAUCCAGGUGUCGGAGCGGGACGUCCGUGCCCUCAUCCCCCUGGUGCAGGGGGCCAUGUCGGGAGAGGCGGUGACGGCGGCCAGCGAGCCGCGGCGGAGGGACCCCGCCGGCGUGGGACCUGCCUCCACCAAGCUCCAGGGGCCAGGGUCUUCCUCGGAGGAAGAGGAGGAAGGCUACGGCCACAACCGCGCCGGCGGGGAGGAAGAGGAGGAAGAUGAGAUGGUGAAGGCUCCCGAGCGGGUGACCGACCUGGAGAUUGGCAUGUACGUCCUGCUGGGCGUCUUCUGCCUGGCCAUCUUCAUCUUCCUCGUCAACUGCAUCUUCUUCGUUUUGCGGUACCAGCAGAAGGAGCUGCCGGAUGCCGGCGCGGCCCCCUCAGCCCCCCAGCCCCACAACUGGGUCUGGCUGGGCACUGACCAAGAGGAGCUGAGCCGGCAGCUGGACCGCCGGCAGCCCGAGCCCCCGGCCCCCGAAACGGCCACCGAAACCGGGCGCUGCUGCUGCGGGGUGCCCCCGGGCACCGUGCCGGGCGCCGAAGCUGGGGGUCCCCCCGGCACCCCGACGCCCGCGGCUCCCCUGCCCCGCAAGGAAGGGGGUACGCCGGGGGGCGGCCGGAGGAAGCGGGUGGAAUUUGUCACCUUCGCCCCUCCCCGGGUCCCCGAGGAGCCCCCCCAGCCCGCUCCCAACGUCCAGUCCAUCCUGGUGGCCAGCGAGGAUGACAUCCGCUGGGUGUGCGAGGACAUGGGGCUGCGGGACCCCGAGGAGCUCAGGAGCUACAUGGAGAGGAUCCGGGGUAGCUCCUGA